AUGCCUGGGAAGAGACCGCCCUCACAGUUUGGACCAAUCUCGCCCAACAAGGAAGUGAAUGUGGAGAAGUUCUUCAAGAUAGAUGAAGAGGGGACAGCCAAGCCAAAACUAACAGAAACCAAAAGGCCUUCCAUCAGCACCGUGACACAGUCCCAGACACAAGAGAAGCAAAGUUUUGUGAUCGAGACAAAGCCUUCCCUUCCAGGCCCCACCGCAGAGGGCACAGACCUGGAGCCUGAGGAGCAAAGUGGCUUUGAGGAACUUAGGGCUCAGAUGAAAGAACUGCUGCUGACGGUGGAGCUGCUCAAGGCUCAGCAGAUGAAAGAAAUGUCGGAGCUGCGCGGGGAGCUGGAUGAGGAGCGGCACAAGCGCAUGGCUCUGCAGAUGGAGAUAGAAAAACUCAAGCGGACAGUCCAUUUGACGUGA